AUGAUCGCGCUGGGCUCCGACCGGAAGUCCCGCCCGUCUUUGCCGGAAGCGACCGGUGUCCUCGAAAAGGCGGCCGGGCGCGACCGUUGCCCCCAGCGAAGGCGGCCGGCCGUGGCGACGGGCCAGGCGGCCGUCCUGCUCGAGGCCUUGGGCGCCGGGGCUUCCGCCGCAAGGGCAGACUCAGGACGGGGGCGGAUCGGGGCCCAGGGCUCAGGAUGGGGUGCAGGGGGCGGGCCCGGGGCCCGGGGCGCCUGUGCGGGUGCGAGGGGCGGCCUGCGGAAGAGCGGGACCUGCCGCUGCCGCCGAGGGAUUUGGCCUGGCCCCAGGGCUAUUUUGGAGGCCCACACCCACCUCAGGUCCCAUGGGGCUGGCCUCAGUGGCCCUGUCCUCCCCCAGGCCCUGGUGCUCCUGCAUCUCUGGGCGGAUGUUGUGUGGCUGGUGGCCUCCUGGCUGGGGCUUGCCCAGCGGACAAGCAGCCUCUAGAAGGGCCUCCGCACCCACUCCCACAGGCAGCACCGGGAAACCCAGACCUUCUUCUGCACCACAGGGUGCUGCGCGGCUGGGGAGCGGCUGGCCAGAGACAGCACAGGGCUGCAGGCAGCCUGGAGGCGGCAGGUUGAGCAGCUGAACUGCGUUAGCCCAGCUGUGGCCAAGGCUGUGGUCAGCAUCUUCCCUCCCCGCCUGCUAUAUAGCAGGCGAGCCCAAUUCUGCCCUUAUUGUGGCCACCUGGCCCUACUUAUGCCCUCACCCCCUCCCAUCCCCCAGGUGUGCAUGGCCUGCAGCAAUGAACAGCACCUGGGCUGCAUGGCCGAGUUCCCUGUGGCACCUGAGGAGGGGGGAGGCGCAUGACCUCAGGGAGUAGGACCUGAUGGCUCCUGACUGCCACUGCAGGCUGCACCUCAGCCUGGGGGGGGGGGGCAGGCUUACUGGCCAGCUGGGACCAGCACAAGGCAGGAGCGAACUGGUCUGUCCUGACCCUCCAGCCCACUGGGAAGGGACAACCAGGAGCCUGGGCCCUCAGCAGGGACUGGGGCGCACCAAGGGCCCUGUGGGGGACCAAUGCCGCCUGUCCAGGGGGCCGGGAGUGAUACUGCUGAAGG